AUGAACUUCGGCGGAUAUCCAGGUACUCGAGGGGGCGCAAAUGGCGGCGAGAUGUCUGCUGAUGAGCAGCAGCAGCAGAUGAUCAAAAUGAUGCAAGCUGGAUUGGAAUCUUGUCCAAUAAAGACCGUCAUCUCUGGAGGUGCCGGAUUUGCUCUUGGAGGAGUUUUCGGGCUGUUUAUGGCCAGUAUGUCCUACGACACGCCCAUGACCGGUGGCCUACCCGGUGCAAAAUCACUGGCAGACCUGCCGCUGAAGGAACAGCUAAGACGAGGAUUCAAGGAUAUGGGCCAGAGGUCAUAUUCUAGUGCGAAGGGUUUUGGACUUGUGGGAGCAAUGUAUGCAGGUUCGGAAUGCUGCAUCGAAGGGUUCCGGGCCAAGAAUGAUAUGUACAACAGUGUGGCUGCUGGGUGUGUUACCGGAGGUGCACUCGGAGUGAAAGCGGGACCCCAAGCUGCGGCUUUCGGAUGUGCGGGUUUUGCGGCGUUCAGUGCUGCCAUCGAUUACUACAUGAAGAUGGACUAA